AGAAAUUGGAAUAAAAAUCGAUAAGAAAAAUUAUUUUUGUCUAUGAGCAAAAUAACAUGGAUGAAUAUUAAUAGUGGUUAAAAUAUAAAGGUUUUUAAAGUAAAUGCGAGAGGAACAAAUAGUCGUGCAUAGUCAAGUUUAAAUCGACAAAGAAUAUUGUAUUUAAAAAAGUGUUUUUUUCCUUCAAAUUAAUCGGGAGACAUAUUGAAUAAUAAGAAACUAAUGGAUUGAUAUGACUGAUAAACGUUAUCUAUCUGGAGGCGCUGUUAAAAUGGAUCAUUCAUUUCAGCCUGCAGUUGAUCCUAGAAAGCAAGAGUUAUUAGAGGCGAGAUUUCUUGGAGCUAGGAUGUCUGCAACAACUCAGCUGCAAAUGGCACCUCAAUCGACAUUAGUACAAGUUAAUCAAAAUCCAAGUCAUUCGAUAAUAGGAGGAACAGGAACAACAGCAUCUAGUGCCCAAAAUAAUCAGGAUUCGAAUAUGAGUACUGGUUCAUCACAUAGCGAUAAAGAAUUAGAAAGAGAUGUAAUAAUAAAUCAAGCAAUAAUUAAUAAUACGCCAGAGAAAUUACCACGACAACAAUCGGAGAGGAAAAGAAAGAGAAAACCGACUGAGGAUAAUGGGAAUGGUCCGGGUAAUGUUGGAAAUGUUAGAAAUACAGUAAUAGGAGCGGGUAUAACAAGUGUGAAUGAUGUAAAUAUGCGUGAUGGUAUCCAUAGUUCAAAAGGUCCACGUAUUACGAUUCCAAAUGUGAAUGACAAGAAAAUAAAUGAAUAUUUUCACUCAAAGCACACGGCAAGUAAUAGACUUACAGGAGCAAAAAGUCCAUCGCCUCAACAUGGAACAUAUCCAAUGUUUCCACCUAGUCCACAACCGCCACUUGUCCAUCCAUCACUCAAUAAUCAAGACUAUUUUAAAUCUCGAUCAUCAUCAAAUCCAAUGGUUUCACCACAAAUUCAACAACAAACACAGCAAAAUACCCAACAACUUCCGCCACCAUCAUCUCCUGUUGUCGUGACAAAUCAUCAGGUUGUGGCUGUAAAUAGUUUAAUUCCUUUAACAAGUACAUCCGUGCAGGUCGUACAGCCAAUAAUGUCAACGUCAGGUAGUAUUGUUGUCAAUACACAACAACAAACAUCAUCCGUAUCAGCAUCACAACAACAACAACAGCAGCAGCAGCAACAGCAACAACAACAAUCAAAUCACAUAAAUAUGCUUCAUCAUAAUCAAAAUAAUCAGCAAUCGCUUGCGCACGGUGCUCUUUUGUGUCCAACGAUGGUAUCAAAAUCAGUCCAGACUGAUUUAACUCUAACCGAUAUGACAGAUCGAGAAACGGAUGUGGAGACAAAUAAAACCAAAAUGGACGAUAUGACGAGAGCAUCGGAUGAGCAAAAGACUCAAAUUAAUGCUCAUCAAAAGAUUAUUGAACAACAGAAAAGUCACAUAAAUAAAUGUAUUGAAGUUGUUAAAAAUUUGUUAAAACAAAAAAGUAAUAUUGAGAAGAAGGAAGCUCGCCAGAAGUGUAUGCAAAAUAGGCUGCGAUUAGGUCAAUUUGUGACACAGCGAGUUGGUGCAACAUUUCAAGAGAAUUGGACUGAUGGAUAUGCUUUUCAAGAACUUGCUCGACGACAAGAAGAAAUCACAUCCGAACGAGAGGAGAUUGAUCGUCAGAAAAAGUCACUUGUUAAAAAGCGUCCAACAAAUGAAGGUGGACGUAAGAGGAACACAUCAACGACAUCAUCUCCCGCUCCAGCGGUAGCAUCGUCAUCAAAUCUCCAUAAUGGCGGUGAUGCGACGUUCCUAAAGCCCGAACCUGUUGGAAAUAGUUCAACAUUUACAUUGCAAGAGUAUUAUGAAUGUGAUGAAAUUUUAAAAUUAAGGCACAAUGCACUGAAGAAAGAAGAUGCUGAUUUACAAUUGGAAAUGGAGAAAUUAGAACGCGAGCGGAAUUUGCACAUUCGCGAACUUAAGAGAAUCCAUAAUGAAGACCAAUCCCGUUUUAGUAAUCAUCCAGUUUUAAAUGAACGAUAUUUAUUGCUAAUGCUUUUGGGUAAAGGUGGAUUUUCGGAAGUACAUAAAGCGUUUGACCUCAAAGAACAAAGAUACGUAGCUUGUAAAGUGCAUCAACUAAACAAAGACUGGAAAGAAGAUAAAAAAGCCAAUUAUAUAAAACAUGCUCUUAGAGAAUAUAACAUUCAUAAAGCACUUGAUCAUCCUCGUGUAGUAAAACUUUAUGAUGUGUUCGAGAUUGAUGCAAAUUCAUUUUGUACGGUGCUAGAGUAUUGUGAUGGGCAUGAUUUAGAUUUUUACCUUAAACAACAUAAAACAAUUCCUGAGAAAGAAGCAAGAGCAAUUAUAAUGCAAGUUGUGUCUGCUUUAAAAUAUUUAAAUGAAAUUAAACCGCCUAUAAUUCAUUAUGAUUUGAAGCCAGGCAACAUUUUAUUGACUGAGGGUAAUGUUUGUGGAGAGAUUAAAAUCACUGAUUUUGGUCUAUCGAAAGUGAUGGACGAGGAGAAUUAUAAUCCAGAUCACGGUAUGGAUUUAACAUCGCAAGGAGCGGGAACUUAUUGGUAUCUUCCUCCCGAGUGUUUUGUAGUUGGUAAAAAUCCUCCCAAAAUAUCGUCAAAAGUAGAUGUUUGGUCGGUGGGUGUAAUUUUUUAUCAAUGUCUUUAUGGAAAGAAACCUUUUGGUCAUAAUCAAUCACAAGCAACUAUAUUAGAAGAAAAUACAAUACUUAAGGCGACUGAAGUUCAAUUUCCUAAUAAACCUACAGUUUCAAAUGAAGCAAAGAGCUUCAUAAGGGGAUGCUUAGCAUAUCGAAAAGAAGAUAGAAUGGAUGUAUUUGCGCUUGCGAAACAUGAAUAUUUACAGCCUCCAGUUUCAAAGCAUGGUCGUUCAUCAAAUAUGCAGCAACAACAAUCAUCGACGCAACUAAGUACACCAACAUGUUCGGGUGGAAAUCAGGGAAGUAGUGGAGCAGGACAAACUUCAUUUUCAACUGGAAUGUUUGGAAACAUGAAUCAAUCUAGUUCAUCUUAAUAAAUUUUUAUGUUUGCAUAGUAAACUUGAAUGAAUGAAUGAGGGAUAACAAUAUUUAUCACAUUUUUUAAAAAAAAAGAUAUAUAAGAACAUAUGCUGUGACUUUAUUAUAUUGAAUGAAUAUCAAAAAAAAAAAAACAAUGGAAAUACAAUAGGUAACAAGAAUGUGACGUGAAUUAGAGUGUUGAGCAACGCAUAAUUAAAAAAAAAUCUGUCUUUUGUAAAAUUAUCAUAAAUAAGUGAAAAAAAGUAAAAAUCAUCCAAAAUUAUCGUUCUUUCUCUUAUACGCUAGCAUAUUAUGAGCAUACAAAAAAAAACUAUAAAACUAAUCAAUGAAAUGAUACUGAUGAAAUAAAAAAAAACUGUAGCUGUUUAGAAAUUUCAGCUUUCAUUAAACAAGAAAAUUACAUGUUAUAAAUACUGAAGAUUGGAACGAAAAAAACAUAAAAAUUAU